GUGUGUGUGUGAGUGAGGAAUCCCUCCCCCAGCCCCAUCCAGCCUGUGCCUGCAACAUGAGGUCAGCGAGCUAGCAGCAAAGAGAGGAGCGAGCGAGGAGGAGAGGAAGAGGGAGAAUGUGCCGAGAGAAGAUCUGAGGAGGAGGAAUAUGCAGAGCAGAGGAAGCGAAGCCCAGCAUCGAUGGCAGCAAUGCUGAGUCCAAAGAUCAGACAGACCAGGAGAGCCAGGUCCAAGAGCAUGGUGAUGGGAGAGGCAUCACAUGGCUCAUGCCGGCCCACCUCUCCGAGUCUCCAAGAGGGGGUGCUGAAGUCUGGCUGGCUGAAGAAGCAGAGGAGCAUCAUGAAGAACUGGCAGCUGCGCUGGUUUGUGCUGCGCGCUGACCAUCUCUUCUUCUACAAGGAUGAGGAGGAAACCAAACCACAGGGCUGUAUCUUACUGAAGGGCAGCCAAGUGAAUGAACUGACAGCCAACCCAGAAGAACCGGGGCGACACCUUUUUGAGAUUGUUCCAGCCGGUGAGAAAGACAAAGCUGCGAUGAGCCAUGAGUCCUUUCUACUUAUGGCCAACUCACAGAGUGACGUGGACGACUGGGUGAAGGCCAUCAGACGGGUCAUAUGGGCUCCGUUUGGAGGAGGAAUAUUUGGGCAGCGUUUGGAGGACACGGUACAGUAUGAAAGGAAGUUUGGUCCCCGUCUCGCCCCUCUCUUAGUGGAGCAGUGUGUGGACUUCAUCAGGGAACAGGGUCUCGAUGAAGAAGGUCUAUUCCGGAUGCCGGGACAAGCAAACCUUGUGAAGGAGCUCCAGGAGGCCUUUGACUGUGGAGAUAAACCUCAGUUUGACAGUAACACUGAUGUCCACACCGUGGCUUCCCUGCUGAAGCUGUAUCUCAGGGAGCUGCCCGAACCCGUCGUUCCCUUCUGCAAGUACGAGGACUUCCUCACGUGUGCUCAGAUCCUGGCCAGGGACGAGGAGGAGGGAAUACAAGAAUUAGGGAAGCUAGUGACGACCCUUCCAGCCGCCAAUUACAACCUUCUGAAAUAUAUAUGCAAAUUUCUGGAUGAGGUGCAGUCUCACUCGAAUGAAAACAAAAUGGGUGUUCAGAACUUAGCCACCGUGUUUGGACCAAACAUCCUCCGUCCAAAGAUGGAAGAUCCUGUAGCUAUCAUGGAAGGCACCUCGCUUGUUCAGCAUCUCAUGACGCUACUCAUCAGCAAGCAUGAUCGCCUGUACGCCGAAAAAGACUCAGAAACCCCACAGAACCAGAUGGAGGUAAAGGACCAAAGCCAACAACAUCAGCAGUCCAACCUGGUGGACUGGAUCUCUGAGGAGGAUCUGCAGACCUGUAAGAAUGACAUCCCUCCCAGCAGCAGUGCCUCGUCUGCGGACGCCGCCAUCAGCUCCAAGGGAAAGGCAGAGACGGCCGUCAGCCCGAGUAAGCAGGCCAAGACGCUUCCAGGAUGGAAGUACACCUUCAAAGGAUCCUCUCCCCGGCCGCCGUCCACCAAAGUCAGUGGCUCCGCGGUGGACAUGUCCUCGGCCUCCAGCGGGAACUGGCUCAUGAACGGUCUGUCUUCACUAAGAGGACACCGUCGCACCUCGUCUGGCGAACGCUCCAGGGAGUCGGGCUCCUCUCAGAGACUGUCUACCUACGACAACGUCACAUCUUCGUCGAGUCUGGGCAGCGUGCUGAGUAUGGACAGCACGCCGUGGUCCACCUCCUCGUGUGAGACCUCCGUCCCAGACUCUGGGAGCGAGCCGUUAGGGACAGAAGACGGGCCUCAGACGGAGGCGAGCGCUCAGAGCGAGGAGGAUGAGAAGCAAGAGGACGUCAGCAGCGCUGUUGAGGACCACGCGAGUGCGUCCUGCAGUGAUAAUGGAAACAUAGCACCGGUCAUUAGAGUCGUGGAUGAAGAUGAAGAUGCAAACAUGGGCCCUUCGUCCCUGGCCAGCGUCGUGGAAGACCUGAAGGAAGAGCUGAGGAGGCAGAAACAGACUUACGAAUCUAGAAUUCAAAAGCUGGAAGAGUCCAGUUCAGCUCUGUGUGCGCAGAUGGAGAGACUCCAGCAAGAGAUGGAACAGGAGAGGAAAAAGAAACGAAUGCUUGAGAUCAAACUGAGAAACUCUGAACGGGCCCGUGAGGACGCAGAAAACCGCAAUCGCCUCCUGGAGAAAGAGAUGGAAGACUUCUUCUCUACGCUGGGGGAUCUGGCUCUCGGAAGCCGUACCAGUGACAUUUAAUGCAAGACAAAUGAACGCACCCAAAGUCUCCAAAUGGACCAGAGCACUCAGGCAUCUCCAGAAACCACGUGGACAAAUUUGAUGAAUGGUGUUCAUCAAAUCAGUCCUAAAAUACAACUAGUUAAAGGCCUUCCAAUGUGUACCAGUUACUAUUUUCGAGGAGAUACUCACCGUUUCAGCAAUGUAGCAUAUAUUAAAGCCAUUUUACACGUCGAUUUACAGCUUUUACUUUCAAAGAAGUUUCAGCUUUAGGUGACACAGAAACAAACAGAACGUCUGAAACUGGUCUUUAAAUCGGUUAAAAUUAUAUCAUGGAAGAAUGAAAAUUAGAGCAGAUUCACUGGCUUCAGCGUGUUAACGUGGAAGAGUUCACCCCAAAGUAAAACUUGCUCACCCUUAAAUCAUCCAAGAUGUAGAUGAGUUUGUAUCUUCAUCAGAUUUGGAGAAAUGUAGCAUUGCAUCAGUGUCUCACCAAUGGAUGCUCUGCAGUGAAUGGGUGCCGUCAGAAUGAGAGUCUAAACAGCUGAUAAAAACAUCACAAUAAUCCAGACCUCUGGAGAAGACAAAACCUAGAACAAAUCCAUCAAGAUGUUUUCAACUUCAAAUAGUGUCUUCUGGAAAAAGUACUAGUCUAUAAUCCUCCAGGGGAAGAAACUGGGAAAAAGGUUCAAAGUUGAAAACAUAUUAACACUAGAUUUGUUUUAGCUUUUGUGUUCGGCAAAUCUGACGAAGAAACAAACUAGAUUUUGAUGGGGAGUAAAUUGGGUGAACGGUCCCUUCAAAGCAGACCACUGCCCUACAAAAACAUGUCAGUUUACAAAUAAAGUGGGAAAGUGAAUUUAUCGAGGUCUCACUCACUGAAAAAUGUCAUGCAAGCUUUUCUGACUUGGCAUUGAAAUCUUGUCAUUGAAACGGUUUUCUUGCAUAUUUAGUGGUAUUUCGGCACCGUCAAAGUGACCGGCUUUGCCACAAAAAAAAAAAAAAAAGGAUUGAAAUGUGACUUUGUCAAUUGAUUGAAUUUUAUAUAUUUAUUUUACACUGUUUUAGUGUAUAGAAAUACUAGAAAUGCUCUGUGGAUGUUUCUUAAAGUGAGUGGUCAAAAACGGUCAUAGAUUUUGUAGACUCAGCUCAUUUUCUGAACUGUUUUCCGACUGCAUAGUAGGUCAUAUAUUAUAUAUUAGCAUGAUGGCCGGUUAACUUUCCAGGCUGCUGAUAUGAAUGUUUCAGGUUCGAUCUCAAGAAGAAGAGACCCAGAAACUGGACAUCACCACUGUGCCCUCAAGCAAACUGCUUCUUGCUGCUCAACACGUUUCAGUUAUCAAUCCGUUUGGAUAUUAUUUGGAUUUUACUAGAACAACAGCCUUUACAAUAGAUUUUAAUGCAUAUUUAGAGUAUGUGAAGAUGUUAUACAUCAUGAUUAGACUAUUAUACUGUGGUCAUACAUGACGAUUAGACUUUGUGCUGUGUUGAAAUGUUACCAAGUGUCACUGUGGUGGUGUGUGGUUGUUCAUAAAGGACUUAUAAAUUAAACAAAUGGAAAGGAAUGUACCUCUUGUGAAAUGAGACUAAAUAAAAUGGACUAAAAAUCUUCAAUGUUUUGGA